AUGCCUAUUCGGCUACAUAUCUUUGUCAGUUCUGCAAGACAUGCCAUCAGUUCAUCGGUGUUCAUCUGCCGGUUCAUCGCAUUCCAUCUUAGGCCGCUUUUGAUUCACCUAGCAUAUUUUCUUAUCAUUGAUGUGCUUGGUUUUGUUGCCUUGGUGGUGCUCAGGCCAAGCAACCACAGGUACAAUCCUCGCUAUGUUGACAUGUUUUUCCUAUCGACAUCUGCAGUUACAGUGACAGGAUUAGCCACAACCCAAAUGGAGGAUCUUUCUAGUUCUCAGAUACUAGUCCUAACUCUCUUGAUGUUCUUAGGCAGUGAGAUGUUCCUUUCCUUUCUUGGUCUUGUCCAUGAAUCAGGCAAGCAAAACAGGCAUGAUCAUGAAAACCGUAGAGUCGGUUCGGCUACCUCGUGUGAAGAGUCACAGUUAGAAGAGGCAACUGCACAAACUCCACCCACAAACUCUGAUGAUAUCAAGAAGAGAUGCCUCAGAUAUUUGGUAUUUGUGAUGUUGGCAUACAUGAUCAUUAUUCUUGUCACUGGCUCUCUAUUGGUGUUCAUGUACAUAGCUCAUGUUUCAAGUGCCAGAGAUGUAGUAACCAGGAAAAGUAUCAACAAAGCUCUCUUCUCAGUAUCUGUGACAGUCUCCUCAUUCACAAAUGGAGGGCUAUUGCCGACAAAUGAGAGUAUGGCUGUAUUCUCCUCAAACAAUGGCCUCCUUUUGCUACUCAUCAGCCAGAUUCUUGCAGGCAGCACACUGUUCCCUGUGUUUCUGAGGUUGGUGAUAUGGGCAUUGAGAGGGCUAAGAUUGGCAAGAGCUGAAGAGCCUGGCUUCAUCAUGAGUAACACCAGAGCAGUAGGUUUCAACCACCUGCUGCCUAGCAUGAAGACAGCACUCCUUGCAGCCAUGGAGGUUGCUCUUGUAGCCAUAGCAGUCAUGCUCUUCUGCUGCUUGAACUGGGGUUCUGCAGUUUUUGCAGGGCUCACCUCCCUCCAAAAGAUCAUCAAUGCAUUGUUCAUGGCAGUGAAUGCAAGGCAGGCAGGAGAAAAUUCCAUUGACUGCUCCCUUGUGGCACCAGCAGUUUUAGUACUGUUCAUGGCCAUGAUGUACACUCCAUCCUUGACAACUUUUUUCUCAGCAUGCCAAGAUCACAAACAAAGCAACCCGGAACAAGAUAACAAAGCAAGGAAGGGAAAUCCAUUCCUGAAGAGGAUGACAUUGUCACCACUAGCCUUCAACGCUGCACUGACAAUGCUGGUCUGCAUCACCGAGAGGAGAUCACUUUCCACUGACCCCCUCAAUUUCUCCACAUUUAACAUCGUCUUUGAGGUGAUCAGCGCAUACGGGAACAUAGGGCUGUCCACUGGUUACAGCUGCUCGAGGCUGCUGCUGAUGCAGCCGGAGAAGAAGGGGAUUGCCUGCCAUGACAAGCCAUACAGCUUCUCUGGGUGGUGGAGUGAUUCAGGGAAGCUUGUUCUUGUCUUUGUGAUGCUAUAUGGGAGCUCAGAGGAUUCCACAAGCACACGAGCUAGGUCAGGUGAUGAUGAACCAAAGCUGUCAGAUUUGGCACAGCUUGUGAACUUGAUGUUUGCAAGAAGCAAGAAUGCACUGUACCAUCGCAAAAGAAGAAGAAGAGAGUACAUUACUCUGCUCCUAAGUUCCAAUUAGUUCUUUUCUUCAAAAUCAGUGGAUUCAAAAUGGACAUCUGUCCCUUACAAAAAUGGUUUUGAAAAAUUAAACUAAAGGCUUUGUUCAGGAUGGGGAGUUUUUUCUCAAGUACUAUAUGUCUCCAAUAGAAAGAAGGGAGAGAUACAAGAAAUAUAAAGGAUUGCAAUAUGUACGGUGAUGUAUGUAUAUUCCCAACGUUUCAUGUUAUAAAGUACUUCA